GUAUCAGUUCACCUCUGCUGUAUUAAACUCUGUGGCGCAGACAAAAAGGGCGAAACAUCGACAAGAACACAAACCUGCGGCGCUAGACCUCGCUCGUUCCCUUCCUUCUCUACCGAACCGGGAAGUGGUCUGGCCGAUCUUAAGCGCGCUGAUUGGUUGAGGAGACAGCAAAUCAAGCACGGAGAGUCACGAUUGGCUGGAGCAUAUGUCAAUCUUAUGGGCGGAGGCGUUUUCAUUCCUCUUUUCCGGUUAUAGUUAGUUCGCGUAAAUUACCGUGGAUAUUCAAGUUGUUCUUGUUUACAGGGUUUCGUCUACAAGACCAUUGUUCAUGUGGGUUUCUGAAAGCUUGUAGACGUUUCACAGUUUGAUGCCAAGGAGCUGUAAUAGGUUGAUAAAGCUUAGGUGGUCGCAAACGGACAUAAUGCUAAGCUGCUGUUGCAUGAGCAUAAAGCUAAGUUAGGUCCGUCAACUUUGGCGCCUGGGCAGCUUCCCACAACACUGGAUGCCUCCAUGGUCGUCAGUAUCCAGACGUGACCCUCUGCAGUGACACAGGGCUUAGCCAUGCUGAUAUGACGACAACAAAAUUAUAGAAUUUAAUUCUCCUGUGGACUCUAUCAAGCUGUCAAGUGGUUUCAGAGAUUGAGAGAGAAGAUGAACCCUUAACAUAGAAACCCCACCUAAAUCCUCCAGAGAUUAGAACGUUGCUGUGCAUUGAAUACAAUUAUCUUUUAGACACUUCAAUAUACUGAACAGUGUUCCAAGUUUACAUUGAAGUUACAAAUGGGCACAAGGACUAAAACAUUUAUCAGUUAUUUUAUUAUUCCAAGUGAAGACAUAAAUGCAAUUUAUCAAAAUUAACCAAAGUCAGUAAUCAACUUUUUGGCUACAUCUUCAAAAUAACUACUGACAAGUACAGUUCCCUAGAAAUAGCAAGAAAGUGCCCUAAGGCGAAUCCAUACAGAGAAAGAAGAUGGCCCCUGAGAUCCAGACCAUGGUACGUACAACCCAAGCCUGGCUGAAGGCCUCCCGGCAGGUCCAGGUGCCCUUUGCGUGGCUGGAGGCCUGCGUGGAGUGGCUACAGGAAGAGGCCGGAGGCGCUGGACGUUUGUCACAGCAGCAAAUUAACCAACAGGCGCUGGAUCAGUGGCUGAUGACGGACCUGAGGGACCUGGAUUACCCUGCUCUCCCUGAAGGACUCGCUGGGGCCCAGAAGACCGAACUCAGUGGCACCUUCUGUGUCCAGGUGGAUUCAUUGCUGGACGUCAGUCAGCCUGCAUACGUUCAGCUGCAGAAGUUGCGGGGCACGGACUGUGUCAACGAUGAGGUGUCUGCCGUCACACAGACCACACAGAGGUCCUGGGAAGCCAGACCGACCCGGAUGCUAGUACUGCAGGUGACAGAUGGAGUCCAGAGCUUAGAGGCUAUGGAGUAUCAGCCAAUCCCCGCAUUCAGCGCUACACUCAGGCCUGGUGCAAAGCUGCAGUUGCAGGGACGGAUAGUGUGCAGACUGGGGAUGCUGCUGCUGGGGCCGUCCAACGUCAAAGUCCUGGGAGGGGAGGUGGAGGACUUAGUGGACAGGAAUAAGCAGGGCCGGGUGCUGUGUCGGACACUGGGUCUUCCUGAAGAGCAGCAGCAGCAGCAGCCGCAGCAAGAAGAGGCUCCACCAGCACCACAACAAGUUGACGACGGAAUGGAAGACCUGGAGCUGGACGACGCAGCGUUGUUGGCCAGUCUCGAGGACCAGGAGGAGGUGCCGAGGAUUCAGGUCGGGUCUGAUAGUGGCUACGGGACACACAGUGAGCCCUCCACUCAGUUCUCCAGAAGCUCCUUUGGCGGGAGCUUUGGCUCCGCAGCCUCAUCCAGAAGUGAAGCCUCCAUCCCUUCUUACAGAGGUGGUUUGACCCAGAGUAGCAGAGGUGGUCCAGUCCAAGGUCAGCUCCUCGAACAAGAGGCUCCAGACCUCUUACCCUCCGACCAUGAGAAUCAACCAGAGGUCCGAGCUCGCAGCAUCGCAGAAGAAGACUUUCCAGACGAAGACUUUGACGAUCUUCCCCUGGAUGAGUUGGACAGUGUCCUCUUUCAGGAAACUACUAUUGUUAGUGCACAGUCUGACAUCAGUCACAGAAACACACUGCAGAAUAAGAGCAGAACAACAGGAAAUCCACAGAGUUUGGACAGUACCACAAAACCCCAAACUGCACGGACUGAGCAGCGCACACCAAACCGCUUGGGGUCCCAGUUUGGUUCUGACAAAUAUAGAUCCAUCACACAGAAAAGAGACUAUGAAAGCUGCAAUAAAGGAGAGUUUGUUAGGAAUGAUGUGAAUAAUGUUAUUGGUGAGGACAUGGACUGCUCUCUUUUAGAAGACGAAAUCUAUGAAGUUCAACCAGGGAGGACUGGAGGGCAAAAUCCGCUCCCUGACCAACAAGGACUUGGAAGAGAGAGGGACUCUGAAAGAAAAUCGGCUCAAAAAGAUCCACCGAGUGACGGCACAGUCUCUGCUCUCACUCUCACCUCGCCACCUUUCACCUACUUGUGCCUGCUAGAAGACCUGAAGACCACAGCACACCCCCACACCACAGAGAUCCGCGUCAAAGCUUUCAUCGUGACCCUCUCGGGGAAAUUGAGCAGCAGCAACGGCGGUUGGAGCAUCUGCGCCUCGAUAUCUGACGGGACCGAUUACCUGGACGUGGAGCUGUCCGAUAAGGUUUUAACCGGCCUGCUGGGUUUCUCCGUUGCGGAGAAGGCGUCUCUGAAGCGCGACCCGGCGCGAAGGGGCGAGCUCGACGCGGGGAUGAAGAGAUGUCAGGAGGGGCUGGUGGACAUGUGCUGUGUUAUGACAAUAGUGGUUCAACCAGAGGGAAGGAAAGCUGUGGUAACUAAGGCAGAGCAGGUCAGUGAGAAGGUACAGCAGGAGCUGGAGCAGCGGGCGAGAGGCGGGAGGAAAGUUAAUGGAAAUUAGAUAGAAAGUUAAAUGUUCCUGAUUAGAGAUGAAGGAUAUCCUCAGCACAUUUUUACUGCCUGAAAAAUGUCCCCUCAGAAAUGAAACUGAGGUAUUUUUUGGGAUUGGUGAUCUAUCUGCCCUUCUGCUUCAGAUUUAGAGAGCAGAAUGUGUGAACUGGAUGUCUGGUGAUCACCGAGCGGUGUGUCGCAAUGCCUCCCAUCUGCUAUAUGUGAAUGUGACAUUCUGUCAUUAGAGGAUUUCAUUCAUCUAUUCAAAGAGCUAUUCCCUGCUCAACUUGCCAGUCAUUGCCAGGCAAAGUAAACAGACUAAAGAUGGAACAUUUUAUCUAUAGGAUACAUGUCAAUGAUGGGUUGUUCGCAUAUUAAUUCCAGUGUUGAGCGUCCCAGAAUGUAUGUGACAUUUAUAACUAUGCAAAGAUAAGAGUGAAACAUUUGAAAUGAGGAAUGAAAAAAAAAAUCAUCCUCUGAUUGUUGUAAUUCAUUUCCAGCCGUUGCAUUCGUUCAGCACAUCCAUUCUGGCUGGAAAACUGAUCAAAUAUCCAAGGGCAGCGUGGGUCUUUAAUAAACUCUCCCAGGGGAGAAUGAGAGGAAAUUAAGGUAAAGGGGAGGCCAUGGUCUUCGAUGAUUUCUCCUCAUUAUUGAGCCUCAUUUAUGUUAUUGUCUUUCAUGAGCACAUUUACCACAGAUGUGACGUCUAUGCCUAUAUUUACUGUAUAUUGAAAUAAAAUUGUUCUGGAGGUUUUA